CUUUUUGGGUAUGAUUUUUGAGUUGGGUAAAAAUUUCAGGGUAGUCUUGUUUUUGCAUUUUCCCCGUGAAAAUCUGCCCUGUGAGUGCGUGAAAAGUGACAAGAGAGGUGCCUAAGUGUGCUGGCGAUGAGUGAGAAGGACGAGGUGGACCGAGUGACGAAGGAACAGAGGACAGAGACAGCUGAGAAUGGGGGCGUAGUCACACCUGACGUGAUCACAAGCAGUGCCCGGGGCAUUGAUAGCUCCGAGGCAAAGGACACCACCCCAAGGGCCCCCACCAAGAGUCACUGGGUGAAAUUUGACGAUCCCGAUGAGGCAGACAGGAAGCCCGAGGACACGAGUCCCCAUCCUCUGGCGCCGCCACCGCGUCCGGCCGCCGUCCUGACCACUGAAACUGUGCAUGUGAAUGUGAGCACAAGUUCAUCUCCAACACGUUCCUCUGGCCCUGAAAUGAAUCACCAAUCGGGGAAACAGCCCUCGGUGGCGGUGAUUGAGGUGCCAUCGACAAGAUCUGGAGGAGAUUCUGGUGGUGGGAUGAGGACAAUUGAAUUGUCCACUGGACGUAUCCGGGAGGGCUUUGCCAAUGGAGAUAUUAUUGUGACCCUUUUGCCAGUCAAUACAAAAUGGCCUUGGGUGACACCAGCCAUCUUCCGGCCCGAACUGGUGCCGGAAGAACUGAUGGCUCAGGGAUUGACAUUGACUGUGGAGGAAUAUGUGCAUGCCAUGGAGACUCUGGUCAAUGACUAUCGGUUCACCCUUUACAAUGUCUGCUAUAAGCGUGUUCUGGUUUGUUGGAUACUCUUUGCUUUUGCCGUCCUUCUGGGUUUGCUCUUUUCCGGACUCACGGGCAUCACGUUGUUCGUGUUGGGUGUUGCCUGGCUCUUCCUCAAUGCUGCAGCCAUCUUUCUGUGCAUGUGGAUCAAGCUGAAACUGUCACGGGGACUGGAGAAAUGCCUGGCUCUGGUCAAUAAACAAUUGCUACGGCACAAAAUCCUACUGGCUCUGGAUGAUCGUGGAAAGAUUUCCUGUCACAAAGUCAAUCUGUGCUUCCUUUACUUCGAUUCCAGUCAAUGUGUCAGCUACUUAAAUGACUUCAUAGCCAGGCAUGAGCAGAGUGGGGAUGCUGUUCCGCGGGGAUGGGAAUCAAGGAUGGAUCUGGGAGCAGCGGACAUUGUCAUUCAAGGCAGCACAACUACACGCGUCUCCAGAAAACAGACCGUUGGCGAGGAGCUCUUCCUGCGGUAUUUGCAGCGCUGGGGUAAGGAUUUCCUACGUCGUCGCCUCGAUUGGAUUCUCGAGGAGAAUGGACUGAGUGGGAGUCCGAGGCAUCUCCAAGUGGCCAUCUGUCCGUGUCAGUAUGCUGAGGAGAUUGUUCUCAAUAAGCCCAGGAAGGAUCCGCGUCAGUGUUGUGCCUGUAUCACCAAUUGGUUCACUUCGCGUGGCAUAAAUUGUUGCUGAGGGCAAUCUCUGCGGAACAACGAAACUUCUUCGACUUUUGCGCGAUAGAUUAACUUUCCUGGUGAUGGUUUUCUGUUUUAACUCUUCUCUAGUAACACCUUUAGUUUUGUUUUUCUUUCUAUUUGGUCCUGCUGCUGCAAAAACAAAAAUUAUCACUCUCACGGUGGAGUCUUUUAACAUCUCACCUCAUUGUUAACAAUUCUUGUUGAUUGUUUGUUUUUGUAAAUUGUUAUAUUUUUUGUGUGUAUUCUCUGCACUAUUUUGUUAUCGCUCCAGUUUUUCUAUUUAUAAAUACUUGUUUUUUAUAUAACUUCUGUUUCUUCUAAACUAUUUUUUUUUCAAUGGACAGAGUGGUAUUAGGGGUAUUUAGAGGUAAAUUCGUGAAAGAAUGAUUAGAAUCGGAAAAAAAGAGAAGGCAAUUGGCAUAAAAGUGAGUCACGGGAUUGAGAAGUAUUUUACGUUGCUGAAAAGAUCUAAUUUCCAGAGGUCUUGAGCAAUUUUGUAGUCUGGAAAAAUAUUUAGCAGUGUUCUUAUUGACCGUGACAUUGAAUUUGAGUCAUAAAAGUUUGACUGAAUUUGAGUGGUUUGUUUAGCAUAAAAACUUGAAUACAAAAAAUUGCUGAUUUUUAUUUUAGCUAUUAAAUUAUUACAAAUUGUUUUAGGUUAUGUUAGACCUAACCUCAAAACUUCUUGAUUAUUAAACUAAAUCCUCCAGAAUUUGACCGUGAUUUCUAAGAGAAAACGUCCAAUGUUAAACUUCAGUCGAGUUCUUCAAAUUUGAACGACGGUUGCAUUCAAAAAAGUGAAUGAAAAGUCAAGUUUCCUGUAUACACGUCAAAUUAUCGAUACUUUUAAAGAAACCCCGGUUAUCCUUUUAUCAUUACCAAGUGAUUUAAAUAUGAAGAACUUGACAGUAUUGCUGAUUUUCUGAAUUUUACAUAGAAUACUAGGUUAUGGCAUACAUAACCUCAAAUUCAAAUAAUACAAUUCAAGCUCUGAGUCUCAAAUAUUUGCUAGACCUUUAACCUUCUUUGAUAAUUGGAUGAGAGUAUAAUAUAAUCGGUACAAAGUUAACUUCUUUUUGAGGUUAUGUUUUCAAAUUUCGGAGGAUGAUAAGAGAUUAUUAGAAAAGUUGAUCAAGACUUUCAAUUUGAAGACUGUUUUGCGAGAUUUUGGGAAAGGGGCUGGAUUAAUAUUAAUACAGUUGCUAAAGUACAAAAGUGAGGUUAGAAUUUUAGGGUUAUACCGCUCUGUCCAUACAUUUUCCUUUCUAAAAACAAGCAAAAAGUGAAUGAUUGCAAGAAUGCAAGUGAAAGAGGGAUUGUGAGUGCGCGCUCUAAUCGUCUUCGUGGUGUUGCAGGAGAGAGCCACUCUGCUCUACCUGAGGUACGCCUCCAGGUGGGGCAAUGAAGCCGUCCGGGGCCUCAUUGAUGUUUCUGUUGUGGAUCCGGCGAGACACUGCGCCACAUCGCAGUGCCCGUGCCAGUACAUUGAGCAGCACCUUUCCUGCAAGCCACGAGGCAAGUUCAAAUUUUUCAGUAUUCUCUACUGGGUUCUGGCCUCUGAACGCUAUGACUGAUUUUCUCUUAAACAAAAAAAUAAUUUUUCCCCUCCACUAUCUUUCUCCCACCUCCUUUUUCACAAUUUCUGUACAAAUUUUUAUUUAAUUUUAAUCACAAAAAAACAAUUAUGUUUCUUUUUUCUCUUGUAUGUUUUUGUAAAUCUUUUCAACGCCCCAAAAAACGGCCUUUAUUCCUCCUGCACACGACUGUUUACUUUGACUUUUAUGUAAAACAUGGCAUCGUUGUGUGACUCAACAAAACAUUUGUAAAAUCUACUAAUAUGUUUUCUCACGUUAAAUAUGUAAUUAUUCAUUAUUUUGUGUUUUUUUUUUAUUCUCUCAUCGCUCUUAACACUUCAUUUUUUGACCAACAUUCCCAUUUUCUAUUUUUGAAUAAAAUUAUUAUCACUAAAAAAUAAUUUUAAAAAAUAAAAAUAAUAAAAUUAACACGUCAGGAGAUGGAUCAUGUUUGUUAAAAAUCUGCUACGAAGUUAACAGCAGAGAUACAAGAAUAAUAGCCUAGCUAAAUGACCUUUUAAAUAUUACGUAAAAAAAACAAAAGAAAGAUAUAUUGUACAUAUUUAAAAAAAAAGAAAAAGGAAUUGUUUAAAAGAAAACUUUAAAAAGAAAUUUAAAAAAAUGAAAAUAAGGACCAAAAAUGUACUUACAAGGUAAAGUUUUCUAUUUAAUUGCUCAAAUUGAAAAUCUCUCCAUAUUUCUUAAAAGUAUUUAAAAAAAAAGAUAUUGAUGUACUUAAAAAAAAACAACAAAGAUAUUGAAAAGAACUGCUACUUAAGAUGAUUGCAAUAUUUAGAUCUGGUUGUGAAGUCUGAUAAAAAUGGAAAACAUCACAUUCCGUCCAAAAAAUGAUUCCAUUUAUUGGUGGUGAACUAAAAAAAAAUUAAGUGAAAAAGACAAACCUUUUUCUUGCUCACAAAUUUGUAAGGACUUGUUGUAAAAAAAUAUAUAUAUUAUUCUAUUUACAAUAAAAAUUGCAAUAUUGAUAGAA